AUGCCGUCGACUGUUGUUGCAGUUUUGGCCACGGCUUUCGGCCUGCAGUCUUCGGUCCAAGCCGCUGCCAUACAUCAUUUCUCUAGCUGCAAUGCGACGUCAAACUGGCCCGGUUGGGCAGGCAUCAAACAUGCCUUCAUCUUUGGCGACUCAUACACUACGACUGGAUUCAAUGCAAGCUUAACUCAGCCAACGCGAACGAAUCCAUUGGGCAAUCCUACAUAUCCAGGAUAUACAGCAGCAAAUGGACCAAACUGGGUUGAUUUUCUGACUGUGAAGUACAAUGCUUCCACUCUUCUCACGUACAACCUUGCAUACGGAGGAGCAACCAUUAACUCAGCGCUCGUUGCUCCGUACCUCCCAACCGUGUCCUCUGUAGCACAGCAAAUCGAAAAUGAGUGGUUUCCAGCUUAUGCCUCCAAGCCAUCGACUGCUCCAUGGAAUGCUCAAGACACCCUCUUCGCCAUCUUCGACGGCAUCAACGACGUCGGAAACUCAUGGUCCAAGGGACUGCCCGCAACCACGACUUUGAACGGAGCCAUCUUCGCAGUAUACCGAGGGCUAGUGGACGAGCUGUACUAUGCAGGAGCAAGGAAUUUUGCAUUUCUCAACGUCCCACCCGUUGAUCGAGCACCCUUGGCUCUCGCGAACUCAGCAGCUGAUCAAGCAACUGAAAAGGCUGAUAUUGCAGCUUGGAACUCGGCUUUGAUGGAAAUGGCAAAGAGUUUAAAAGCUAAGAAGCCUGACGUCAACGUCUUCACCGUGGAUACAAACAAGUACUUUACACAAGUGCUGGACAAACCUAGCAGCUACCCACAGACUGCUGGAUAUAAAAACACUACUGCGUAUUGCACAGCUUAUGAAAAUGGAACACCGCAACCAGAUAGCUUUAACCUAUCCUGUGGAAUCCCCGUGAACCAGUAUUUCUGGUUGAACAGUCUCCAUCCGACAUAUCCUAUGCAGGAUGUUCUAGCUGAGGCAGUGGCGGAGCAGUUAGGACUUGGACCCAACGUCUGCUAG